AUGUACAGUAGCGUGCAGGCCUUCGCCGACGACAUGAGCGCGUUGCGCAGCGGCUACGACGAGCACGCCAGCUCGAUCACUGCGACCGACGAGGCCUGGUUCGUGGAGACCAAGGAAGCGCUGUGGUCUGACUUUGCCAGACGAGCCACUGGGGAAGAGGAGAAGAUCAGGAAUCGAGUUACACGUGGGUCUGGAGAAGGCGAUGGACGCUCGGCUCUGCUCGGUGCCAUCUCUGGCUUCACCAGAGCAGCUCUUAAGAAGGCGGACACCAACGACAAGAGCGGCCUCAUCGUACCUGACGCCGCGACUUCCAUGUAG